UAAAUUAAUAAAAAUGGCAGAAUUUACGAAAAAUCUAAUAACUAGUAAAGAUGUACAAAAACGAUGUGACGAUUGGGUAGAGUCACAAAAAGUAUUUACAUAUACGGAUGAAACACAGUGUAAAAGAAAACAAACAGAUGACGAUGAUAGUUAUAAUACUGAUUCUGAGUUUGAUUCCGUAUCAGAAUGUGGUACAAAAAGAAGAAGAGUUGGUUUACCCCUAAAACGUGAAGUUUAUCAUCUAUGUUGUGAAUGGACUGGUUGUAAAUACGAAGCAAAUCAUGUUGAAAGAUUCGUAAAUCACGUAGCUGCGCAUGUGUCCGAUUUAAAUACGCGGACCAAUGAGAAAGAAAUCAAUGUUUAUGUAUGUCAAUGGAGCGGUUGCUUGUACGAGAGUAAUGAUCCCGAUGAAAUUUCUAGACAUGUCAAUUAUCAUGCUUAUCAUACAAAAUUAAAAUGCAUUGGAUCGAAUAUUCGUACUAGAAUUAAAUUACCUAAAUGUCGCAGAGAUUCAGAAUGGAAGAAUGUUAUUGAUCUUCCAGCACCACUUCUUUGUCGAUGGGAAGAAUGUUUGAAACAUUUUAGGAAUUACCAAUUAUAUUUAUAUCAUGUUGCUGCACAUAUUGAGGAAGGGCCAAGAGGCAAUAAAAUUGAAGGAGGUUUAGAAUGCAAAUGGACUGGUUGUGGCAACUUGUAUCCUAGUCUAUACAAAUUGAGGGAUCAUAUACGACGUCAUACAAAGGAAAAAAUUGUUGCUUGUCCUGAUUGUGGUGCUACUUUUGCUUCUAAUACAAAAUUUCAUGUACAUUGUAAGCGGCAAAUUCCAAUUGAUGUUCAGGGAUUCCAAUGUUCUCAUUGCAAUAAGUUUUAUCCUACUGAAGGAAUUUUAAGAGAUCAUAUGCGAAUGCAUGUUUUUAAUUAUAAAUGCAGCCUUUGUGAUAUGAGUUGUGAAUCACCAGCUAGUUUAGCUAAACAUGUUAGAUAUCGACAUGUUUCUACAAGGAGUUUUCCUUGCCAACUUUGUAGUCAUGCUGCUAAAUCUCAACAGGAUUUAGACUCACACAUGACUGUUCAUACAAAUGGACCUAAUUUUUUGUGUCAUUUUGAAGGAUGUUUGUAUAAAUGCAAAGGCGCGUAUACUCUCGACAGGCAUAUCGAACGAGUUCAUAGUAUGCAGGUGCGAUGGUAUUGUUGUCAUGAAUGUCCAAUAAAAUAUAGAAAAAGUUAUAGAUUAACAAAGCAUUUAAUUGAAACACAUCAAUUACAAUUACCUAGCGGACAUACAAGAUUCCAAUAUAUUCAUGAUGAAGAUGGUUGCUAUAGACUACAAAUGGUCAGAUAUGAAGCUGUUGAAGAAGAAACAAAUCCUUCUAUUACCCAAACAAAAAUACAAAAUAGAAAAUUUAAAAUUAAAUUAAAUAAAAAUUGCAGUGUGCCUCAAGUUGAGAUUUUUGAAGACUUGGAUGAAGAAGGGGAGGAGGAUGAAGAAACCAAAGCAAAAGAAAAGUCAGGAGAAAAAAAUAACGGAGGGAAGUCUAUGCCCGUGAUAUCGAAUAUUCUGAUAUCGAUUGACGAAACUGAUGCUGAAGGAAAUAUAAUUAGAAGUAGAGUUGUGGAAGCUCAGGAAACUAUGGAAUUACCACCUUCUGAAGGACCACUAUUAAUUCUGACAUGAAUUAAUUUCAAUCAAUGGAUAACA